AUGUCUAACGCUGUGGAUGAUGCGUCUCGCUCGUUAGAUGAACUAGUUGCCACGCUGAAAAAACUACAGCCGGGCCAGCUCUCUGAAGAGCAGUUUGUCAUUGUGGAGUCUAAGGCUAUCUAUGCCGUUUCGGCCUUGCGUUCUGUUCGCAAUAUGGCUUCUCCGGUGCACAGGCUUCCGUUGGAGGUGUUGGGGUUGAUAUUCAACGAGUUGAUGUGGCAGCUGCAUUCUCGGGAAGGCUUCAUUCCCAAUUAUAUGCAAGUCAGGUUUCGCAAGCCUCAACCAAUUCAGACAGUGUCGAUGGUCAGUAGGCGAUGGAGAGAGGCGGCGCUCAGUUUUCCAAAUCUGUGGUCAACAAUCUACACUUGCGAAGACGGAGAAAGUAUGUUAGAAAUCAUCAAACGAUCGGGAGAUACGCCGCUCCGAAUCUUUGUUUCCUCCAUGGCCCUCCGUCCACAAGGUGUUUGGCCUUUGCUAUGCCAUCCAGCGACGUUGGCAAUCCCCCUACUCAAUGCCAUCGCAUCACAUUCCCACCGAAUACAAGAAUUGCAUCUUGUGGAUAUCUCAACCGAGUUUCUCAAUGAAACGAGCUUGGCGGCCGUAACUUUUCCUCAGUUGGAAUGUCUCACUCUCGCCAUGGACGCGCCUCAACCCGACAGCGAGGACCCGCCCUCCCCCCCUCCAAAGUUGAUCUUCUGCGACAGUAGUACUCCUCAUCUGAGGAGGGUAACUCUCAUAGGUUGUUGGCCAUUCUUCGACACACUCAAACGGUUUCGCGGGCUCACGCACUUGUGCGUCGCGUUCACCCGAUCGCUCGCUUCCAUAGGACAAGUGAUGGACGUUCUGCGAGCUUCGCCCGAUCUGGUAGAAUUUUGCCUAGCCCACGUCAGGCUUACAGACGACUCAACUCCGCCCCACGCCAGUAAGGUCAUUCUAGAACGUUUGCGCAUCAUUGCUGUGGGUGGUUGGCCAAAUAGGUUUCGCAUAUCCGAGUUCCUGCAAUACUUAGUUUUCCCCCGCGAUGUGGAAAUAUUCAUCUGGGGGUUCCGCACCAGCGUCGUCUCACGGGUUCUCCGUACCCUCGUUCCUUGCUUCAUCACUCCCAAGGAAAAUGUAAGGGAGUUACGACUAACGGCUCCCCCUUCCGUUCGCCACUCGCAAUGUCCUAUGCCCUCAUUGCGAUCUCCCCAAUCUUGCACCAUCGUCUCCAACCCCUCCGCAUUCCAAUUGGACGGUGAUUUCACCUCUGGACCCACUCUUCUUGCGCAGGUCCCCGACCUUCUUGAUCUCUCCUGCGUACGUGAAUUGUGGCUAGGACAAAGGUACCACGAAGAGCCAAGCUUCGACGAGUGGCGCUUAUUCUUCACGUCCGUUCCUGCUUUAGAUACAUUAGUCGUCGUAGAUCGUCCCUCGCAUCCCAUAUUAUCCGCCCUCACCCUGCCAAGGGGUGGAAUCUCUGCGAUUCCUCUCUGUCCAAACCUCCGUACCCUUCGAAUCAUCGAUCGAAGCCUUUCGCUCCUCCGGCUCUCACUACUCGUGGAGCAAAGGGAUCGCAUAGGUUCCCGUCUUGACCUCUGUGAAAUCUUGGCACUCUCGCCACCAAACCAGCCCUCAUUCAGCGGACCAGCCGGUGAAGCCCUGAAAAAUCAAAACUCCACGCGAAACGAGGCUAUGGCGGCUGAUACAGCAGCUUUAAAGGACUAUGUUGGUGAUGUUAUAUAUUCGGGAGAGCGCCACUUCUCGUUGUUUUGGGAUGUCAUACCAAGUCCGGUGUUCGACUGGCAGCGUCUGAUCUGCACUAGGCCAUUGUAUGAUAGCUAG